GCGGCAGUUUAGUGUCAUUUUUUCAAUUAUGGUUUACUGUGAAAUUCUGUAAUUAAUUUAAACAAAAAAAAUAUAUAUAUAUAAAGAAAAUAUUACUUGUUGUCUAAAAUGGAAUACAUUCAAAAUAUUCCUCCAACCGAUUCCAUUCCAAACAAAAUAUUAUGUUGCGAAUGUGGAAUUCCAAUAGAACCAAAUCCAGCAAAUAUGUGUGUAGCUUGCUUACGAACACAAGCUGAUAUUACAGAAGGUAUACCAAAACAAGCUACACUUUAUUUUUGCCGAGGAUGUGAGCGCUACCUUCAACCACCUGGAGAGUGGGUACAGUGUGCUUUAGAAUCUAGAGAAUUACUUUCGCUGUGCCUGAAAAAGCUAAAAGGCCUAAAUCGAGUUAAGCUUGUGGAUGCUAGUUUUGUAUGGACCGAACCUCAUUCAAAACGCAUCAAGGUAAAAUUAACGGUUCAUGGAGAAGUUGUUGGAGGUGCUGUUCUCCAGCAGGUAUUUGUUGUGGAAUAUACUGUAGCCCAUCAUAUGUGUGACGAAUGUCAUCGUUCCGAAGCAAAAAACUUUUGGAGAGCAUCUGUUCAAGUACGACAAAAAGCAGAGAAUAAGAAAACCUUUUAUUACCUCGAACAGCUCAUUUUAAAACAUAAAGCCCAUGAAAAUACUUUAGGCAUAAAACCAAUCCACGGUGGCCUGGACUUCUUUUAUACAACUGAGGGUAAUGCUAGGAAAAUGGUGGACUUUCUUUCUGCUGUUCUUCCAUGCAAGUACCAGCACUCAAAGAAACUAAUAUCUCAUGAUAUACACAGCAACGUUUAUAAUUAUAAAUUUACAUAUUCUGUAGAAAUAGUACCUAUAUCAAAAGACAGUGUGGUUUGCUUGCCGAAGAAACUAACGCAGCAAUUGGGUGGAAUUUCUUCUAUAUGUUUGGUUUACAGAGUUACAAAUUCAAUUCAUUUAAUUGACCCAGCUACAAAUCAAAUUGCCGAAUUAAAUAGCACCACAUAUUGGCGCUAUCCUUUUGGUGCCAUCUGUAAUCCAAAACAGCUCGUGGAGUAUGUAGUAAUGGAUAUCGAGCCGAUUAUGGAUAAGGAACGCAAAGUCUUUCCUGGACAAGGUGCGAUUUCUAACCGCCAUGUACUGGCUGAUAUAUGGGUUGUGAAAGCAUCAGAGCUGGGUAUGAAUGACAAUACGAUUCACACUAGAACCCAUUUGGGCCAUGUCCUUAAACCUGGAGAUUCGGUCUUGGGGUACAAUCUGGAAGAUAGUAAUGUUAAUGAUGUCAACUUUGACAAGUUGGAUAGAAGUAAUAUUCCAGAUGUACUCUUAGUGAAGAAACACUAUGGCGAUAGGUCUUUCAUGAGGAGACAAAGAAUUUGGAAACUGAAACGUCUGGCCGAAGGGGAUACCGCGUUUGAUCCAGAUGCAAAUGAUUUCCACGAAUUUAUGGAUGACUUGGAGGAAGAUCCCACACUUAGACAAAAUAUUAACAUUUUUAAGGAUAAAACAAAACAGAUUCCAGUCGAUUCUGAUGAUAAGUAUGAUGAGACUAUCCCUCAUGUUACCCUAGAAGAAAUGUUGGAUGAUUUGGUUAUCGAUGAUGCGGAAAUGGAAGAAGUGGCAUAAUUCAUCUAUUGUUCUUUAAAUAAUUAUUUUAUGGAAUUAAAUAUAAUUAUUUUGUUGGAUGUGGUUUAUAAAUAAAAAUGAAAUUUAA